GCAUUACCUAACCACAGAGACUGCGUAAGCACCGACGAAGGGCUUUGGUGUUAUAUAUUGCUGCACAGACAGAGACUGUGUGCGCAAGCAUGAAAACAGAUGGUGUAGCCUUAUGCAUUCAAAGUGUAUGUUGUUUCUAUGACAGAUAAUUCUGUUUCAUGCAUAAGACAUUUUCCCUUUUGGUCAACACUGGUGCAUCAGGAUGUAGCUGGUGUGGUGCUGAGGAGAUUUAAUACGCCAUUUGUUGCACCCCUCACUCUACGCUGCUACCAGCAAUGCAGCUGAGCAUUUUCUCUGGCUGUAGCAUCGAGUACAGAGCUGGUGUGUGAUGUAGCACCCAGCAUCUCUCCGCUCUCUCUACAGCCCUCUGCCAUGCUUAAUAAAAGUUGUCGUUUCCUGCUCAGUGGCUCCAGAACGAACGCUUCAGUUGCCCAGUUAGCACAAAGGCAGACCCGUACUCCGGUUUAGCUACAAGCUGUAUAACUGUGAGGAACUGUGAUUAUAUAGCUGUACUAGGACAGAAGAGGGACAGCCAGAGGAGGGCAGGGCAGAUCUAGCCCAGGACCUGGGCUGCAUGGAUAGAGGCGAAGGAUGCUGAAGCUGGAGUCAUCUGCACACAGAGAGGGAGGGAGAGGAAGAAAGACGUCAGAAAAGCUCUGCUUCUGACAACACCACUGUUCAGCGACCAUCAUAGAAAAAAAAAACUACUUUCGCCUUGCUCUCACGAAACUGUUUUUCAUGUAUAGUUGGGUAUAUUGAGGGCUGUAGAAAAGGGAUACUGCAUGACACUGUUUCCUGUUCGCCCUGCAUCAUUUUCUCUGAAUUACUAAGAUGACUGUGGUGUCCCCAUGCACUCAGAACCUGAUGGAUAGUGCUCACCCUCACACUGUGCUUAACAAACUCAAUGAGCAGCGUGUACAAGGCCUCUUCUGUGAUGUUACCAUUGUGGUGGAGGAUGUUAAGUUUCGGGCCCACAAGAACAUCCUGGCAGCCUGUAGCGGGUACUUCAAGAACGCUCUGACAACUCCUGAGACAGUGAGCUCUAGCCCAGUGCUGGAGCUGAUGGACCUGAAGUCUGAGGUGUUUGCCAGUAUCCUCAACUACAUCUACUGCUCAAAAGUGACAUUACCCAGUACAGAGGACACAGGGGGGCUAGUGGCAGCUGGAAAAAGGCUUGGAAUUCCUUUUUUAGAGAAGCUUGCAGAACAAGAGAGGCAGGACGAAUGUGUUAAAUCCACAGAUUCCAGCACAGUCCCAUUGUCUAAAAAAACAAAGAAGGAAGCUCCCAGGCCUGAGGAGAUUGACAGUGCCAAAGGCCCACGCAUCACCAAUGCCUUUUCUAUCACUGAAGUGUGUCAUGGGAACAAUCUUUUCACCCCUCUGGUUCAAACUGAUGGGGAGAGGCAGUCACCAGAUGUGGGACAGCUCCCAUCAAGUUGCCCCACAACCUCCUGCCUCAAUGGGAACAAUGAGACAACCCAAGCCCUCUCAGAGCACUCGUAUGCAGUAAGCAAAUCUACUGAAGGCAAAGAUAACAGUCAAUGGGACAACAAGAAGGUCUGUAAGCCAGCAAUAUCACAGCCAAAGCAACUCAUUUACAGGAAUGCAGGGCCACUUAAAAAGCGCCACAGGCUCCGAGGCCCUUUGGGUAGAAGUAUACUUCCAACACCAGCUGAACCACAAACAGAUAAACCAAAUGCAAUAACCCCCACAUUAGCUGAUGCUGUUUCUGCAGCACCUGUUGCAGUCAUGACACCACCUCCACUUUUUUCAGAGGCAGAAACAGAAAAAAGUAUAGACCCAGUGCUGCCCAUAGCUGCUGACAGCGUUCAAAUGGAAUUAGGUCCACCAACACUUUCCCCUCACACAGAGGACAGCAUUUCAAUCUACGGGUGCGAGCACUGUCCAGAGAUAUUCACAAAUAAAGCUCUUCUCACCAUUCACUCAGAAGUACAUAAAAAGCGUUUUGUCAGUCAUUUGUUUUGCAAGUUUUGUCACCGAAAGUUUAUCCACCUCAAACGGCUGCGCAACCAUGAGCAGGUCUGUCCCAAAGCUGUAAGAGCCCCCCCUGAACUAGAUACUACUGACAUAUCAACCAAAGGGGUGGACCUCCAUUCAGAUGGCAUGCCAAUCAUGGAGAACACCAUGACACAGCUUCCCCCUGCUGACCUCUCCACCCCUUGCACCCCAGAGCCCCUUCAAGUGGACGAAUCAGAGCCUCCACAGGAAGAGAGGGUAGUGCGGCCGGGGAGCAGUCAGAGGAGAUACAACUGCAGUGUGUGUAAACGGGUUUAUGUCACCCUAUCCAGUCUGAAGCGGCAUGAAAAUGUACAUUCCUGGCAAAGAGCCUAUCCCUGUCAUUAUUGUAAUAAAGUGUUUGCCUUGGCAGAGUACCGUACUAAGCAUGAAAUCUGGCACACAGGUGAACGCCGCUAUCAGUGCAUUUUCUGCCUGGAGACAUUCAUGACAUAUUACAUCUUAAAGAACCAUCAGAAGUCUUUUCACGGCAUUGAUCCCAAUCUAGCUGUUAAGAAAAAAUCUGCCAACGGUGGACUGAAAGCCAGUGUUUAUCCAAUCAAACUCUACAGGCUUCUGCCUAUGAAGUUUAGAAAGAGACAAUACAAGACGUACAGUCAGACAUAUUCCGAGAGUGUUGAAAGAGGUGAGCAAGCUCCACUAGACAGCAACUCUCUUAUCCCUCCAUUGGAAGAAAAUGGUCUGAUCAGCCACACUGAUUCAUUCCCUCGGACAUUCAUGGCAACAACAAAGAUGGUGGCCCCUGUCAUGCCUCGCAUCAACUUUGACAAGCCAUGUGACCAAGAUAUUGACCAAAGAAUGAACAGUGAAUUGGAAAUUCAGAGAGGCGCAGGACAAGAGGGUGAGAAUAGAGAUUCACCUUUCAUUAACUACAACAGUACCUUCUCUUUGCAACCUGAUAAUCCUCUGAUACUAAGUAACUCAGAGCACAUCAGUCAUGUGCCAUUCUUAAACUCUUUGAACACUGUUAAAAAGUUAGGUGAGCUAUCAGCUUCUGCAAAAAGAGUUGAGGAUAUGACCAAGGAGAUACUUCAGUCGAGCAACGAGAAUCUGGUUCGCGAUAAAAUGGUGGGGGCGAAGACAGAAACAUAUAUUGCCAAACCUGCAUGCCCGGGUCCAUCCGCGGAUGGUGCUGCCAUGCCGCUCUGUCAGAUAACAGUGAAAAUAGGCAAUGAAGCCAUCAUCCGCCGCCAAAUCAAAGGAUCUAAGCUCUUCCCCAGAAAGAAAAGGAGAAUCAGAGAACUGAGUGAGACGGAGAGCCCGAGUCAGUGCCCUCCAAGGGAAAACUCAGAGAGCCCCAGACUCCGCCUCAGACCAGAAGUCACUGCUGCCACAGAGCCAGAGACAUAUGAUGAUCCCAAUGACUGUGACACAGCUGACAUGCUUUGGCGUCCCUACUAUUCUUACAAAGCUAAAAAGAAAAGGAAGAAGCUGCGAUUUAAGCACAGAAAAGCUCUGCUUCACCAUUAUCCUGAAACGUCAGCAGAGAGAACUGCAGCCAGUGACUCCCACCUUGAUAAAAGCAGUUGGCUGAUAGAAGAGAGCAUCUCAGGUGGUAGUGGAGAGCUGAAACGUAGCCUUAGCAGGAACUCCAGCCCGAGGGCAACCUACAACUGUGACAUCUGUGACAGCUCUUUUAUCACUGAGACGGGUCUGAAAGCUCAUGUUAUUGGUUCCCACCCAUGUUUCUGCCGGACCUGUGGUAAACAAGGUCCCCCCGGUGAGGUACCUGCCGGUGGUGACUACAUUUGCAACAGCUGUAUGGAAAAUGGCACCUGCUUUGAUAAUACACCCAGGAGCCCCAACCUGGAGAAGAAGUAUCGCUGCUCCUUCUGUCCCCAGCGUUUUCUCUACCUUGCCACCAAGAGAAGCCACGAGAAAAAACACCAGGAGACAAAUGAGGAGGGGUAUAAUUAUGACAACUUCACACCAUGUUCUAAAUACUCAGCACGCCUGAUUGAAGACCAUAAACAAGACACCAUCAAAACAGAAGACAAUGACAAUCAAGGGGGGCCUGGCAUAAAAAAUGAAAGGCUGGAAGGAGGAUCUUUUUCCACUGAUAAAGUUAAGCCUAAAAUUGAGGACACAACUGACUUCAUGUCUUUGACAACCUACCAGGACAUGUCGUUUUCCAGCAUUAAAACUCCAUUAUCGCCCUGCAUUGACCCGUUGCUUUCUCUCACACCGACGAAGGUGAAACAUAAAAUGGCGAAAAAAAGGAACAAUGCACAGCAUACUAUGCAUCUCAUCCCAAAAAAACAAGCCCGUGACAGAGACAGUGACAAAAACAAGGAUAUUUUGAUGGGGCAAAAAACAACCAGUCAUAAUGACCGUGAGAAGUCCUGUAAACUGUUUAGGAAAAAUGACUCUGAAACUAAAGGAACCCACAUUUCUAUACACAAGCCAGAUAAAUGGGUGUGCAAAGAGGAGCCAUUUUUUUAAAGAUCUCUGAGAACUGACCAACAAGAGAAAGUGAAUGAAGCCUCUGCUCUGGCAAGGAAUUGUAAAAGUUGUAAUGUUGUUUUUGCAGCUGAACUCAAUAAAAUGUUUUUGAAUGGACAACACUGAACAUCUAAGGAUCUAAUGUCAGUGUAGGUUGUUUCUUCCCUCCUAAACUCAACAACUGAGUGAUUUUUCACCUUUGUAGAGGAUAUUUUUUGGAUAAUAUGAGACCUUCUGACACAGACUGUACUUUGCUCAUCGUCUAUGCAUAUAUGGCAGACUAAGUGACAUGACUGUAACCUCAGCCUAAUUCAUGAAUGUUGGUAACGUUUCUUCAAACGAUGUGCAAUUUCAGAACAGGGGUUAGGAUGUGUUGGACAACUGAAAAGCUGCCUAGUGUGGUUGCAUCUUCACAUUUUAAAAUAUGUCUGGGGAAAACUAUACGAAUUUUACAACUGUCACAUUUCUGAAUCUCCUGUUCAAUUAACUGACCAUGGUGAGUUGCACUUUAUUGUUAGACUAUGCUAAUCCGUUGGUUUCAUACUUUGAUAUUUAAAUUUUAAUUCUAAGCACCAAUGAUAUAAUUCUAAUUUAUAAUUAACAUGUGGCACCAUUGAGAUUAAAGUUACUACUUUUGUGUGUUUAUGUAUAAAACAUGUAAAACUAUUUAAAUAAAUGUGGCAUUCUACA